UCUCACUCUUCACCUUCUCACAAAACGUGAUUCCCCUUUCCUUAGUCUAAAAUCACAAUCCCUAAAAAAAACACAUUUUCAAUUUACGGUAAUCUUAGUGUAUUCCACUAAUCCCUGCACGCACGCAAUCAAAUUGCCUUCAAAUUCUAUUGCUUUGCGUCCACAACCAAACAAUUUUUUUAAGCAAAGAAAAAUGGUUCACACUUCAGAUAGCAUUGUCUUUUACCCGAUGCGCAUAAAUAGAAGGAAGGGGGAAGAAAAUGGAUUAAGGCGUGAGGGGUGAGAGCGAAAACAAAGCGCUGUUGACCCACUCGCCGGAAAAAACGGUUAGUUAUUUUCCGGCGAGCGUGGAGGAACGGUCGCGGGAAAAGAGGGAAGAGGAAGAGAAUGGGGAAAAGGCGAUUGGUGAGGUUUGAGGAGUUGCCGACGUACCUGAAAGACAACGAGUUCAUCUUGGAUCAUUACCGGUCGGAGUGGUCCGUGAAGGAGGCAUUGUUGAGCGUCUUCAUGUGGCACAACGAAACGCUCAAUGUUUGGACGCAUUUGGUUGGGUUUCUUAUAUUUGCGGCGUUGGCAAUGCUGGGAUGUUGUUUUCCGAGUAUCUUCAGGGUAGGGGCGAUGGAGAUGGAACUCUUUAUUAUGGGAAAGGAAUUCAAUGGUUCUCUUCCGAUCACUACUGGAUUCUUGAAUUCGCAUUUGAGCUACUUAUUGGUACCAUCUAUCAUUCCUGACCUGGGAGAUGGCGCAGAAGCAGAAACAAUUCCUAGAUGGCCGUGGUUUGUUUUCUUAGCUGGAGGAAUGGGCUGCUUGGCUUUCAGUAGUAUUUCCCAUCUAAUGGCAUGCCACUCAAAAUGCUUCAACCUGUUUUUCUGGCGUCUAGAUUAUGUAGGAAUUUCUCUCAUGAUAGUUUGCUCCUUCUAUGCUCCAAUUUACUAUGUCUUUUUCUGCAAUCCUCACAUAAGGACAUUCUACUUGACCUCAAUAACUGUGUUUGGAGUCCUCGCCAUCAUCACCCUUCUCGCCCCUUCACUUUCUUCCCCUCACUUGCGACCCUUCAGAGCUUGUUUAUUUCUCUCCAUGGGAUUUUCAGGUGUCAUUCCUGCAGUUCAUGUUCUUGUGACCCAUUGGGAGCACCCACAGGUUGUUGUUGCACUAGGAUUUGAGCUUCUAAUGGCCAUUCUAUAUGCCACUGGAGCUGUGUUCUAUGUCACUAGAAUACCAGAGCGAUGGAAGCCUGGGGCAUUUGAUAUUGCAGGUCAUAGUCAUCAGAUUUUUCAUGUUUUUGUUCUUCUUGGGGCGCUUGCACACACUCAAGCCACGCUGCUAGUCAUGGAAUUUCGACGGAGAUCGCCCACAUGUGCAUUUUAGAAAAGUUGGCAUCAUUGUUAUUUUUUGGUGAUUGUUUCCGAUUGGAUCAUCAUCCUUCCAAAAAUGGCUAACUUAUUAUAAGCCGCCACCAGUUGAUGUAGAUAUUAAUUCAAUCAUUCUGUAAUGUUAGAAACAGAAAAGUUUAAUACACAGCCUUUCAAACAACCAGUGCCAAUAACGAAGUUUAAAAAUGUGAACCUAAUUCAAAACAGUUUAUUAAAAUAGGAAUUUGAAGUAAAUCAUCGCUCCG